AUGCAAGGUCACGUUGACGAAAUUGAAUAUUUGAAAAACCACGGUGACGAAGAAGAAAAUGAAGAGGCCAGCGGGGACUCCAAAGACCAAAUUUUAAAGCUCCUCAAAUCAAGGCUUUUUUCAUUAUUUUUCAGACUUAACACCUUAAAGGUUGCCAUCCCUAUUCAUUACCACAUGGUUAUGAUUGCGAUUGAAGGCCUUCAGCUUCUAACCCUUGUACUUAAUGAUGGAAGUUAUAAUAAGCUGGGACCAUAUGAUAGCGAUAGUCCUUGAAAUUUGUCCCAAACCAAUUGACUUAUUGAUGUGUGCUGGGUUUUCAGAGUUGACCGAUAUCUGAGAGGCAGUAUCACUGGCUUCAUGGUUUUGCUUGGGAUAUGAGGAUUUUUACUGGCGUCUCUUGUAGGGAUUGGUGUGUUUAUUGCUAUAGAAAAUAAAAAUUUUUCCUCUAUUAUGAGCUUUCUGCUAACUCCCCCCUUCCCUGAGCGAAUAAAACCAUUAGAAAAAUCUCUAUUUUUACCCAAAAAUCCACCCUCCGUGAGCGAACAAAAAUUUUUUUAAUAGAAAAUUUUUAUAUGGGGAAAAUUUUGAUAUAUAAGUGACAACUAGUAUUAUGAAAUCUCGAGCUAAUUCUGUUUAAUUUAAAAACAAAUUGUGUUUUAAAACAUAAAUUUAUCCAAAUUAAAUUAAUAUUUGCCUUCAAAUUUUUGAGAAGUGGGAUUUUUUUAAAUUCCAUAAAAAUUUUAUAAAAAAUUUAUAUAUAAAUUUUUUAAAAAAAAAAAUUAACCCAUCAGUGAGCAAAAAGGGUUUUUUGGAGUAAAGAUCCUUAAAGCCUUGAUAACUUUGAUGACAAAUCUGCUGUUUAUCCCAAUCAUCGACACCUUAGCUUUUGCUAUAAGAUGCUCUAUUGCAACUGAUGAUAACUGUUUAGACUUGCCAGUUGGGUAUCAAUUUAUGAUGAUUUAUGUCGCUGGAAGUGUUGUCUAUUUCGGAGUCAUUAUUCUCUGCUCUAUGCUGUAUUUCGAUUUUUGCCAAAUCUGUGGCGGCUUUAUGGGAAAACCCCACUGCAGACUCAAGCUCUUAAGAUUAAGCUCAUAUGUCGGCUUGAUUUUUUCCUACUAUUUUAUUACAACAGCAGGAAAAGUCAUUUUGUUUUUAAUUGUAUGCUUGGCUCUUGGAAUUAUCAUAAGCUACGCUAUGAUCCAAUAUGUGCCUUAUUAUAACCUUCGUAUGUGCCAUAUCCGCUUAGGCGCAAUUGUUUCGUUUACUUCAGCUGUUUUUUGUAUGAUAAUUGGAGAGUUCUUUAAAAGCACUGACCAAACGAAUUCUUCAGUCACUAUGCUGUUUUACUUCCUUACUCCUUGCUUAAUACAGAUUACUCAGCUUGCUAUGAACAAAAGGUGCAAAAAUUUAGCUGAGAAAAAAAUCCAGCAAUUAACCAAUCCUUAUCAGGGCUGCUUGUCUUUUAAUUACAGGUUUUUUGAUAGAGAGGCAUGUAUUGGGUUAAAUUGGUUGAAAAUUUUUUAUUGUAAGACAUUUGCCUAAAAAGACGCUAAAUUUUGACCAGAUAUAAAACGAGAACAAAAAUUCGGCAAAAUGCCAUGACAUUUAAAGGUUCUGAUAAAAAAGUAUGCACCAUCUUAUCAGGUAGAAAUCAAGGUAAGAAUGCUUGUACUGAAGCUAGAAGAAGCUAAAAGCAAAUAUGCUAAAUCAAUUUAUGGUGCUAAUAAUGAAGAAGAAAAUGAGGAGCUUAAAGCGUUGCAGGCUGAAACUUUUACUGAAAUUGAAACUGUAUAUAACGAAGCGUUCAAAAAAUUCCCAAAUGCGGAAUUUUUAUAUUUGUGGUCAGGGCUGAUCCAAUUGCAUAUUUUUGAAAAUUAUAUUUUAUCUAUGGUCCAAUGCUUUAAAGGGACUAUGAUUGCCAGCAAAUUAGACUCCCAAUAUAUGCUUUACCACUUCAGAAAAACCUCAGAAAGCUUCUAUAAAGCUCAUAUGAAAGAUGAUGCUUAUGACUACGAAUUAUUCGAAAAAGCCUUCCAGAACGCUCAGAAAAAUGACGAAUCUGUAACAAGGUCUCAGUUUUAUUUCUGGGCUGAACUUGAGUCCAAAGCUCCAAAAAUCCAAAAAUUGAGCAAAUUAGCAGGAGAAACUGCAAAAAUGAUUAUUGUUGCUAAAGGAAACUAUCAAAAAUUGCUGAAGCUGAACUCAAAGAAUACUCAGGCACUAAGAAUGUAUGGCUGGUUUUUAAGCAGCUUAAACAAUUUUUCAGAAAUGGGACAAAGGUACUUGAAUAAGGCUGAAAUGCAAGAAGAAGCCCAACAGAAAAACCUCAAUGCAAACGUCAUGAACAGCUUAAAUCAGCCUCUAUCCUUUUUUGACGCUGACAACGCAAUUAUUAGGGUUUCUGGAGAUUUUGAAACUUUAGGUGAAAUCCAAAAGGCUAAUGCAUCAGCUUGUCAGCUUUUAGGAUAUUUAUCAGCUGAGUUGAUCGGUCGUAACAUUUCAUUAAUAAUCCCAUCCCCAUUUUCAGAGUCCCACGACGAAUAUAUUAAGAAAUUCCAUGAGUCCGGAAAUUACUCAAUUAUAGACAAUCAGCACCUUAUCUUGUAUUUCGCUAACAAAAACAACAAUAUUUUUGAAGGAAGACUUCUAGUAAAAGUCGUCCCUAACGACGGGCAGCCUCCUUUCUUAUCAGCAAUCAUAAAGCCUACAAACCCAAAAUACGAAAUAGUUAUAAUGAACAAAGACUGGGUAAUCACUGGCUACAGCCAGCAUUGCUCAGAAAUUUUUGACUUAGGCAAUACUAAAAACUCUGAACAAAAAAUUUAUAAUAUCAUCACAAAAUUCGAAGACAACAAAGAAGCAAUGAUGAGCGAAGACGGCUACGACUACACCCACGAGCACGAAAAAACUGUAAAUAACCUCAAACUGCGCUUAAGCGAGCUUAAAAUUGGUGAACAGUCUGCCCAUCUCCUCAAAGUAGAAGUUUUAGAUAAGCAAGAAACCAAAAAAGGAGACUACACCCGCCAGGACGAAAAAGAAAGUAAAUCUGUAAGCACAGUUCUCCCGAAUUCUAAUAUAUUCAACCAAAAAUCAGACCCAGUAAACCAUAUGGACAUAAAUCUGGAACUUGACUCUACUGACUCUAACACCCAACAAAAAAGUAAAUCAGGCAAAUCUCCACCGACACCACCAAAUAUGGGUGGACCAUUAGAGUCAAGUGAAAGCCAAGAAAUUUCAGGGUCAAGCGAAGAAGAAAGCAGCGAGGAGGACUCUGGAGAAGAAGACAGCAGCGCUGAAGACUUAUCAGGAAGUGGGUCUGACUUAGAAGCUACAAAGGUAGUGGGGAUUUCUGGGAUUGCAGAUGAGCUGGACAGCUUAAAAGGCAAAAAAUUCGCAGGAUUGAACGUGCCUGAUGAAGAAGAGAAAAAAUAUUAUGAUAAGAAGCAGCUAGGAGAAAACAAGCCGCCAUCUAAAGAUUUGAUUAAUUUAGGGUCUAAAGGAUCAAAUUCUAAGAGCUCACAGUCAAAAUCAUCAAAUUCGAAAAGUGAAGAAUCAGAAGAAAGCCAAAGUAAAAGCCAAGACAGUAAAUCAUCGGAUGAAAGUGGGAAAAAUUCUUAUAGUAAAUCUGGAUCUGAAGAAGAAAAUGGAGAAGAAGAGGAAGAAGAGGAAGAAGAGUCAGAAAAGUCUUCAAGCGAAAAUGACGAAGACCACAGUGAAGGCUACAGCCACACUGACCCUAAAGAAGAAGAUCACAGUGGACUUGAUGGACAAAGCGCUCAUAGUUCGUCAAAAAGCAUGAACUCUUCUAUGGCUUCUCUUGCUCAAUUCAAUAAAUCAAUUAAAGCUCUCGUUGCGUAUGAAUUCAGCCGAACAAGAAAAUACGUCCUCCGUUUCAAAUUGACCUUGAUUUUAACUAUUAUUGUUCUUAUCGUCACUUCUAUUAUGACUUUCCAGAUCAUUACCAACUCAGUUGAUUUCAAUGAAAAAUUAUCACAUUACGUCAAUUUGGUAGGAUUGCUGAGAAUGUACACCCAAAGUAUAGCCUAUUAUACCAGAAUUAUUUCAUUUAUGGAUUUUGGGUAUGUCCCAAAUACUGACAGAGAACUAUUUUUCCAAUGGCUGGCUAGUGACACUACCGAUAUGCAUAAUACCAAUCUAGUUAUGUAUACAAAAUAUGGGCUCCUGAGUGACGCAGAUCAAGUCGUGUAUACAAAUGAAGAAAUUUCGACCUGGCUGCUGGAAGGGAAAACUGUCAGAGAAAUCCAAAGCAACCUAUUUGAUGCCACUUCUAAUUUUAUUUUGCAAGCUUAUUUAUUGAAUGUGGAGUAUAAUAGCACGCUAGUCAAUUUAACUAACAGAAGGGCCUUUUAUUUGUAUAGAAAUGGGAAUGGUGAAACUUUGCAAUACAUCAACCAUUCAGCGAUUUAUUAUGUAGAUGCUGCCUUAAACGACUUAGAGUCGGAAAGAAUUGUGGCUAUCAUGCUUAUUUUGGUAUCAAUUUUACUUCUCUGCUUCUGUGCUGGCUUUGCAGUAAUUCCAGCUAUAAGAGUUCUAGAAAAGUCAAAAAAAGAAAUUUGGGAAAUUUUCUUUGAAAUACCUGGGUAUGUUUGUAGAGUUAUGAAGGCGAAAUGCUCUGAUAGGCUUACGAUUCUAAAUGAACAAGCCAAUAUGGAGCUUGAAGAACUUAAUGGAGAUGAUCAAAAAGAUGAUGAAGAUAAAGCAAAAGAUGAAGGCAAAAGAAAUGACAGCAAAACUAGCAAAGGAGACAGGAACGGGGAUAAGUCAAAGAAAAAGAAAAAUGUAGUCGAACAGAAACGUGUGCUAGCUUAUGAUCCUAAACAAAGGAAAAUUAUUGUGAUUAAGUUGGCUUGUUUCUUUAUUAUCAGUGUUGUGUACUUUUAUUUGAUUUAUUAUACUGGAUUUGAGUCUGUAGGCUCAAUUCUUCAAGAAGAGCCACCACACGUGAACUGGGCAAGCAGAAGAAGGCAGCUAUCAAGGACUAUUAAUAUGUGGGUGACUGAAACAUUAUUUGAAAAUAUAUACAAUUUGCCUUGAAAAUGCAAAUAUUAUUAUUCAGAGAGUUUUGAUACUUCUUAUAUUAUAUUAGGAUAACUGGAGUUGGUUAUAAAUAUGUUGUACCAAUGGGACAAGAUGUAGGAACAGGCUACACAGUUGCUCAGAUUGCCCUUGACGAGCUAGAUUACGUUGAAAACUCAUUGAUUUUCGGAAACAGUGAUGAACGGCUAAGCUCAACCGAUUCCAGAAGCUCUAAACAUGACAACAUCCUAUUCGACAACGCUUGUGCAGCUCCGUUGAUCAGAAACUUAGAAGACUGCACAACUGCUGGAGAUGGCUGUAUGAUGCAAGGUCUUCACAGCGCUUUAGGGACAUAUACGACACUAGGCAGAACCUUAUUAUUACAAAUAGAAAAUUUGAAAUAUGCCAACAAUUAUACCUUAUCAGCAGUUCAGUGGAUUUGGAAUGGUAACGAUAUGACAUUGUUCAGAAAUCUUGAUAACCAUUAUUUGUAUGAUCCAUUGACUUAUUCUUCAGACUUAUACGAAUCUGACUAUAAAGACCAACAGCAGCAAAUGACUGUUUGGCAAAACUUGUUAAUGGCCCUUUAUGCCAUAUUUUCAUUAUUAUUCUUCUUUUUUGUCUACAACCCUAUGAUACAUAAAAUCGGCCAGGACACCAAAAAUGCAUGGAGCAUGUGCACAUUAAUCCCUCAAGAGUAUCAAGAAGAUUUUAAGAAGCUCAGUGCAGCUAUUAAAGAAAGAAGAGAUAACUUUAAAUGGAGAUAA